CCUGUAUUGAUCUACCCGUUCCGAUAGAUGAAAAAACAAUUUUAAUCAAAUAUCUAGUUUGAUUAGGUUUAAACCCGAUAUACGUGUUUACAUGACCUAAGGACAUUUUUUGUGAUAAUUUAGUUGAAACAUUGUUGUUGGAAAUUAUUCAAAAUUGAAUUUAGCAGAGAGAAUAUUUCGAGAACAAAAUGUUGAAGAGAGACUGGACAGUAAUAGACAAGCGUGCAUCACAGGCGAAAGACGAACAUGCUGCAUCAUAUGAAAAGUUAAUAAAGUUCCUGGAGGAGCCAGUAAAACACAAUAUAGAUAAAGACAUCUACAUGACAAGAGGAUUGUUAUAUUGGCUUAAGUGCAAUGCGCAGCAGAAGAAAGAUUUUGGCAAAGACUCUCCACUGACCCUUGCAGCGAACAUGUUCACAGGAAAACAAGCUUAUGCGGAUGCCUAUGCUAACCUCUGCAAAAAAGCUGGCAUCGAGUGCGAAACGGUCUCUGGCAUCGCGAAAACUGGAGAUUACAACCCAGGAGAUUUAGAGAUUGACAGGGAGAAGAUGAAAGCAUAUUGGAACAAAGUAAAACUUCUUGGCAAAUGGUGGCCUAUUCAUCCUAGGUACGUCCUACGUGCCGUUAAAGGUACCGCUCAAGCAUCGGGGUACACUAAAAUAGAUUCUGACCUCAAAGACGACAAUGGAAGUCAAUCGGCAGGGCCUCAGCAAACUGAAAUUACUUUCAACGACUUCUGGUUCUUAGCAGAUCCCGAAAUAUUUAUAAACAAGUGUUAUCCUGAUGAUCCCGAAGAUCAGAUGCUGCCAGCUGCCAAGCGAAUUAAGAAACCCCGUAACUUCAUGAAAUUGCCGUAUCUGACACCGGUUUUCCAUGAAUAUCGCCUUAAACUAACAAGCGAGGAGACGUGUAUUAUCGAUUCCAUAGAGGGGUUGGCGAAAAUAUCCUUCAAGGCGAGUAGAACUGUAGCGAAAGAUAUGGCUUGCGAUUACACACUCAGUAUAGAGAAUAGAGAUGGUACUGAGAAGACAAAAUUUGACUUUGAAACUUCACGGCUCGUUUUCUCAUCUCGUAAGAAGAACCAGUUCAUUUUCGAAGUGCGUUGUCCAGUUGAAGCCAAUUAUCAGCUUGUUAUAACCGGUGGUAAGAUGGAGAACGAGAAUAAAAAAGUUCUCAUAAAGUGCAAGAUAGUCUGUAGAGAAAAAAUGCCGGUUGCACGCACAUUGCCGAUCGACGCGGGUCAGACCGGUUGGGGAUUCGGGCCUGUGGCGGCAAAAGUGGGGCUAUCCAAACCGAAAAUAAAGGAACCGAAGGUGUUUAUCAAGCCAAAGUCAUCAAGCAGUGGUGGCAAGACAACAAUGAAAAUGAGGUUUACUGUAGACAAAGAUAUGAUAAAAACGAAGGAGUAUACUGCUGAACUUAAUGUCGCCGGAAAACCAGCUGAUAAUUUUAAAGGGUUUGUUAAGACAAACUUAAACAAGGAGUCAAAGGAGCUACAGAUUGAAUGUAGUGUCCCGGAGGACGGGGAAUACGCCCUGGUGAUUAAAGCGAAAGAUCGUGCUGAACAUGUGUUCAAGCCAGUCUGCUACUACCUACUAACGACACUUGAGGACGAGGAAAAGAUGUCUGACGACUAUUACGAUUCCUCUGACGGGACAUCUGAUAUUGAUGAAGAGAUAGAUCAACUAGAAAGUACACUGAAAGCGAUGACAGCCGAGAGGGACAGGCUUAAGCAACACGUUUCCAGACAAUAAAAUCACAUAUUGACUUGUGAGGUGGAAAUUGGUCAAGAAAUGUGUUGGUUUAAACAAUGUUUUAUUGACAUAGAUGCAAUUAUUGCAAUAUUACAGAUAUCAACAUUCAGGAUUGAGUAGGGAGCUACAUAAGAUUUCUUAGAAAUUUUUCCAUAGAAGAUUGUUGACUCUAGAGGUUAUUAACUGGUGUCCUUUUUAUUGUAAUCAGAAAGUAUAUAAACCUAUGCAUUUUGGAAAAGUUUUUAAAAACCUGAAAAUAGAUGAAACAAAACUGUUCAUAGAACUUAAAACUACACAAAGAUAUAGGCCGCUAAAGAAACGAAAUGUCUUACAAGUCAUUAGUUUUUGAACAAGACUUACUGAAAAUUCAUCAGGCUUUAUUCAUCACCUUAUUGGCUAUGUCCUUAGGCUAGUAGUACAUUAUCAUUUAUGAUAUGCCAAUACCAUUUAAUAAGCAAUGAAUAACUUGUGCAUUAUCUUUGAUUACAUUUUAGUAAACCGUUGGAAAGUAUUACCAUUUACACUUGUUCACAAGUAUUUAUCUACAAGCGAUUGCCUUAAUCGGAAAAUGUAGUUUUGACUGCAUUAGCAUAAAAAAGUUAUAGACUGCAGUAACUGUUGUUUUGUUUCAAACUGACACAAGGCAUUUUGGGCCAGUAUUCAUCAACGCUCAGACAAGCAAAUAUUCAAAUGCCAUUAUUUUAUUUUUUAAAGUUUAUACUGACGGAAAUAUGCUGUGUUGUCUUUUACUGCUGAAUACAAAGUCUGUUUCAAUAUGUACCAGUUUAGCAAUGGAUAGAGCAAAAUAAAAAAAAAAAACUUCUAUUUUCUUUUAUUAUUUUUUAUGGUCUAUCUUUGAACGUUGAUUUGUUCAGGCUUAGUAUUCAACUAUAGCUUUUCGGGUCAUGGAGCUCAAAGAUGAUUUCAAGAUCAUUUGAAUGAUACGGUAUAAUCUUAUAUAAAUAUACAUGUGAAUAAAUUACCAGAGUUACCUGGUUAGAUAAUCAAUAUAAAGUAAUGCUUGAUAUGCUAAUGCAUAACACAUAUAUUUUAUAGUUGAAAAUUCCAAAUCUCUUGCCAAAAAUGUGCUAGCGUAUGACAAAAUUUGAAAAGUUACCCUCAAAAUGUUUAAAAAAAAUCCGUCUACAAAUAAAUUUAUAGUUGAAAUAAAAGAAAAAUACCAAAAUGGACAAUUUUAAAUCGUUUCCGAAGAUAAAUUUGCAGUGAUGAAGAUAUUUUUAAAAAUUGAUAUGUUCCUUUUACCACCCUCGGGAAUUUUAACGUAAGUUAAUUUUAUAUGGAAAUCGUUAUCUAAUCCUUGAAUUGAUUAGUUAAGAGAAUUUGUUCGAUUUAACAUCACACUCGUUAGGUUACAUUGUGACUCUCCAGCUUUGCAUGGUCGAAGACGAUCCUUGGUGGUUCCC